AGGACUCUUAAAUAAACUGUGAAAUACUUACUGCUUGCUUUAUGGAAGGUGUGAAAGACCAAUACUUAUAAGGAUUUACAUCUGGUGUAUGGUACCCGUAUGAGUGUGUUUGUGAAUGGGGUGGGGCUGGGGUUCUCAGCUGCCUACACAAUCACUCUGGCCAGUCAACUAAGGGAGGCUACUGAUUCUUGGGUCAGAGUCGGCCUCACUCUCAGUGGCACCUAUCAGUUUCUUGGCAGGCUGCAGGACUUCAGGUUUUACGAGGUUACUCUUACAAACCGGGAAAUAGCCGCCGACUAUUCAGGCUUAUUUCCUGUCCUCAGGGUCCAGUCCAGCUGUCGAUGCCCUGCCUCCCACCCUCGCGUCAAACCACUGGAGGUACACUACUGCAUAAAGAAUGGUGAGCCUGACAACACAAAGGACCAUGAGUUACGCCUGAAGGGCGAGGCCCAUCCGCUCCAGUAUGUCAAUGACGGGGAUGCCAACUCUAUUUGGAUCUCAGAUUUCAUGAACCAGGUCAACCUUGUCCUUGACCUUGGAGAUGAGUUCCAGGUGUUCUUCGUGGUGCUGCUGUUCUACAGCCCCCUGCCGAUGGCUGUUGAAAUACAGAGGAAGCCAGACAAUGUUUCUGGCCAGUGGUUGACAUGGCAACAGUUUGCCAGUGAUUGCCCCCUGUACUUCUCAGCUGUUAACAACGGGCCCCUACCCACCCCAACAUCAACUAACUGUCUAAAAAUCAACCAGAGUCCGCCAGACUACUCCAAGGGUAAUAUUACCUUCAACAUCCUGAACCCUGAGCCUGUCCCCCGGCCUGGCUACAACGAUUUCUAUGACACCCCCGAGCUGUACAGGUUUGUUCAGGCUCGACAGGUUAGGGUGAGGCUACAGGACCACUUCUUUGUGGGCAAUGAGAGGCAUAGAUAUUAUGGCAUCUAUGAAUACAGUGUAAUUGCUAGAUGUGAGUGUCACGGGCAUGCAGCGACCUGUAACCACACAGAGCUGCCGUACCAGUGUAACUGCCUGCCUGAGAGUCAUACACAGGGCAGACAGUGUGGAGAAUGUAUGCCGCUGUACAACAACAAGCCAUUUCGACGAGGCACACAGACGGAUGCUUUUGACUGUCAACCAUGUGAGUGUUACAGCCACGCAAAUGAGUGUGUAUAUGACCCAGCCCUUGAUCCCUUCCCGGAUGAGCACUACACGGGUGGUGGGGGCAAGUGUAUGAGCUGCCAACACAACACUGAGGGCCGCUGGUGUGACAGGUGCAUUAUGGGAUGGUAUCGACCCACAGGAAAGAGUAUGUAUGCAGAAGAUGUGUGUAGCUCCUGUGAUUGCUUUCCGCUCGGGGUGAAAGACCUGCAGAUGGACUGUGCUAAGGAAGGAGGUCAGUGUGAGUGUAAGCAGAACGUGGAGGGUCGGAGGUGUGACAUGUGCCGCCCUGGCUUCUACAACCUGACCCUUGACAACCCCCAGGGCUGUCAGAACUGUGACUGUCACCCCACGGGCUCCCAGGACGGAAAUGUCACAUGCUCCACUGCAGAGGGACAGUGUGUCUGCAAGGCUAAUGUCAGAGGCCUGAAGUGUGACUCAUGCCAGUAUGGGUUCUUCCACAUGACAGAGGACAACCUUAGUGGGUGUGAGCCAUGCAAUUGUAACCCAUUUGGGUCAACUAACCAGUUCUGUGAGCCGGAGACCGGCCAGUGUCAGUGUAAGCAGCAUGUCACCUCUCGCCAGUGUAACGAGUGUGAGGACGGGUAUUACGCCUUCGAGUCUGGUUGCCUGCAAUGUGAAUGUAACAUGAUGGGAUCCAUCCCCCCUGGAUCAUGUGACAAGUUUACAGGGCAGUGCCCGUGCAAGGAUAAUGUGGAGGGACUGAAGUGUGACACUUGUAAGGAUGAGACAUUUGGGUUUGGGAAUCUGCUAGAUGUGGGCUGCCAGGAUUGCACAUGUAACCCUGCAGGAACUGUGAAUGGCUCCAUGCUGUGUAAUAAGGAGUCUGGGGACUGUGUGUGCAAGUCUAAUGUUCAGGGUGCAAGCUGUAACCAGUGUAAGGGUAACACAUGGGGCCUUUCCCUUGAGCAUGAAGAAGGCUGUAUCCCAUGCGAGUGCGACCCUAGCGGUACCCAGCUUGGGGACCAGCUCUCCACAGAGAACCUUGCUUGUAACCAGAACACCGGACAGUGCUCGUGUCUCACAAACAGGAUUGGGCAAAAGUGUGAUGACUGCCUCAAUGGUUACUAUGUGAGUAAGGAGGCUGGUGGGGGCUGCAUGAACUGUGACUGUGAUGCCAAGGGCACCUUGCCACUGACAAACUGCAACACCAAGACAGGCCAGUGUGAGUGUCGGGGAGGGGACUCUGGGGUCACAGGCAUACAGUGUAACGAAUGUCUGCCAGGCUACUACAAGUUCGAUGGAAGACAGGGCAGUUGUUCAGAUUGUGGUUGUGACUUAGCAGGGAGCCUCAAUUACACGUGCGACCCGUUUGACGGUCAGUGUGUGUGCAAGGAGUUCACAUGGAAAAGACGCUGUGACCGAUGUGUGACUGGAUCCAGCUUCCUGGACGCCUCCAACCCAUAUGGCUGCAGCACAGCACCUGACCAGCAGCCACGCCCGACACAUGAAGCCCUGAGCUCCACUUCACUGAGGCUCACCUGGAAGGGCCCCGACUACCCGAAUGGCGUCAUAGAGUCGUACAAGGUGUACAGAAACGACACCCUAAUCUUUGUUCUCCUCGGAGAUGAGCGAACCGUUGUGGAUGAGAACCUGAUGCCGUACAGGAUCUACUCCUACGUUGUUGAGGCGACAAAUGCAUUCGGAAGUGUGCGUAGUGCUCCUAUCUCAUUCCUUACUCCUGCCGGCUCACCAUAUGGCGUUGUUGUCCUGAAUGUUUCAAACAUCCAAGCUAAGAGUGCUGCCUUUUCUUGGAACCCUCCGAGUAUCAUGAAUGGUCCAUUACUCAAGUACAUCCUAUACUCGACCGACAACGACACCAAAACAACCCACUGGCAGGGUCAGGCCUUGCGGGUCACUCUACAGUCCCUUGUACCAUUCACUAGGUAUGUGUUCAACGUGGACACAUGUACGACAGGUGGUUGCCUGGUCAGUGAACCUGUCACAUUCCCAACUAUGUCAGCAGUGCCCGAAGGAAUGGCUCCACCUGUCAUCAUGGCAGUGAACAACACUGCACUGAACAUAUCCUGGGAACCACCAGCUUUCCCCAAUGGUAUUAUAAUAUUCUAUGAGCUAUGGAUGCAGGGAGCCAUAGGGCCCGAUGGGCUCAGGAAUCCUCCGGAAACUCGGAUAUUUCAUCCCAGUGGUCAAUACAAUCCCCGCCCCACCAAGAGCCCAGAGGAGAAUGCCCUCACCCCUCCGGCAAGAGAAUAUAUCCUGUCGGGGCUGGUACCCUUCACACUGUACGAGUUCCAGGUUCUGGCUGAGAAUAGUGCGGGGAAAGCUGCCAGUGCAUGGGUGUCUGGGCGUACAGGGGCCACAGACCCCCUCUUUACCCCUGCCCCCAUUGUGGUAGGAAUCAGUCCAUUCUCUCUCAAUAUCUCAUGGUAUGCACCCACUGAUCAUCAGUCGAGAGGCAUUAUUAUCUCGUACAGGGUGUACUACUACAUGAAGACAGACCUGAUGGUGAACCCGUUUGCCCCUCCCUCUAUUUGGGUGCAGGUGUACAAGGGUGGCCCAGAGAAGAUGUUCUAUGUCUUGAGCGGACUCAGCCCCUACAGUGAACACACGGUGAAAACCGAGGCGUGCAAUGCAGUGGGGUGUGUGAACAGCACGGAAAGUGUCGGGAGGACCAACCAAGACUACCCCGAGGGCCUUGAGAAGCCUUUAGUGGAUGGCCUCAACUCCUCCGCUAUGACAAUCAUCUGGUCCCCACCCAGUUUCCCAAAUGGUCCCCAGCCCGUCUAUACAGUGCAGAAGACAAUUCCGGCCCUCAGUUACCCCCCUCAGGUCAUCAGUGGGACCAGAUUUCCUGGGGGCGGCUACUACCUCUUCCCGCCGGAAACUAUCCCACAGAAUGUGGACUUCACUGGUAUUAGGUUUUGGUUCAGAACUCGGAACCUGAAUGGCCUACUGCUGUUUGCGGCCUCCGAGGGAAGACAGGAUGAGUUCAUUACUCUCCAGUUCAAGCAGGGUAGACCAUGGUUCCUCUUUGACCCGGAAGGGUGUGCGUCAUUUGUGUAUACAACCAAUGACGAAGGGAUGCGUUACAACGACAACGUGUGGCAUGAGCUGGUUGCCUGGAGAGAUGAAAACCUUGCACAUAUCUCCAUAGACAAUUUCUGGGAAGGUACAAGGGAAACAAGCUGUAACAAGGGUACAAUCAUCGGUCCAAAUACAGGAGUGUAUGUCGGGGGUCUCCCAGCUGACUUUGAAGUGAGGCGAACCAGCAACGACCAGAGGUUAAAGGUGAUUGAGUAUGGGUUCCAAGGAUGUAUCAGGGACAUCCAGAUUAUGCAGCAGAAAUACCCGGUUGAAGUCUGGAAGUCCCUCAACUGGAAUGAAGCCAUCCACAAUGAACUUGCCUUUCUGAACUGGGAGGGUUGUCCUAUAAAUCUUGAUAAGGGCAUUCACUUCAUGGGACAAGGUUUUGCCCGGUUCCCUUCAACCACGUCUGUAAUUGGUCAGAGGAAAACAAUCAAAAUCUCGUUCCGCACCCAGAUGCACACUGGCAUCAUAUUCUUCAUGCAUGGAGGCACUGGAAUAUAUAUUUACUGCGCUAUGGUCAACGGGGCAUUGCAUUUUGAGUUUGCUAACGGCAUCUUGGUUGGGUCCGUAACAUUUAACCGACCUGAUGUAAAUUUCUGUGACAGUCAGUGGUAUCAUAUCACCCUCGAGAAGAACGAGCAGCAGGCCAUGAUAACUGUGGAGGAUAUUGGCACAGAAGCUACGGGGGAUCCAAACGUGUCCCUGAAUGUUCUCACGUCUUCAGAGUUCCAUAUUGGAGGAGUGCCCAUAAACUCAGAGGCCCAUAAGUUUAUUAUCAAUAACAAAGUCUCUGUGCCAAUGGCAGCAUUUGGAGGGUGUAUUCGUAACUUGGAGUUUGACGUUGGCAGAGACCUUGACUUUCUGGUUAACAGCAUCGAGGUGUCAAACGUGAACAUGGAUGGUUGUCCACCGUACCACCAGCACGAAGACCAGUGUAAGGAUGAUCUUAUCACCCAGGUAUACAAUGGGACAGAACUUGAUGCAGUAGAUAAUGGGCUGCACUCCUACACAGAUUAUCUGUACAGAGUGUUGGCCACCAACAAUGCAGGGUCAGGCAAGAGUCCCUGGGGAUACGGUCGCACCAAGGAAGGAUCCCCUGUAGGAGUGACCCCGCCCUAUGAGGUGAAGCACUACUCUGGCUUCUUGGUCAAGUUCAAAUGGCUGGCUCCUGUCAGUACAUCUGGCCUGCUCACCCAGUUUGUGAUCAAGGCGUACAACAUGGACAAUGUUACCAUCGACCCUGUAGAGGCCCUCAUCACCAACACGUCCAAGCGGGAAGGUAACAUGACUGGCACAAUCCCAUACACAACUUACAAUGUCCAUAUGCUGGCCUGCACCUCUGGGGGCUGCUCUGAGAGCCCUGAUGGCCUCAUUAUUCAUACCAAUGAGGAAGCACCAGAGAAUGUACCAGCCCCUAGGGGAGAGUCUGGCCCAAACCACAUCUAUGUGACGUGGGAGCCUCCUCUGGCCCCUAAUGGGCUCCUGACAGGCUACUUCCUGUACAUGGACAACACCCUCGUUUACCAAGGGGGAGGGCACUCACUUAACAUCACCAAUGAACUCAGGGAAUACACAUCAUACGUGUUCUACCUGAAGGCGUGUACACAGGUGGGGUGUACACAGGGACCUUCUGCUACUCUCAGUACUGCCCAGCUGGCCCCCUUAUAUGUCAAGCCUCCAAAACUCUUCUCACUAGGCACUUCUAGCGUUGAUGUCACAUGGGAGACCCCGGAGCAACUGAACGGCGUGCUAGAGCGUUACAUUCUUUACCUGUCCACCAUACCCAAUCUCCGUGGCAAUGCCGUCUACAACAGCUCAGACUUCUUCCUUGAUUACACCAUCACUGAACUCAUCGCCGGAAAGACAUAUUUUAUAUCUCUGGCUGCAUGUACGGGUGGCGGGUGUACAGUGAGUAAGCCGUCCAACAUCACAACAGCAGAGAGUGCCCCUUCCCUUGUCACCCCGCCAACUGUUACCUCUCCCAGCCCCUCCCAGCUACAUGUAGAGUGGACACUGCCUGGGCUGCCUAAUGGAGAGAUAGUGCGCUUCGACCUGUUUCACAAUGAGAGGCCAGUGUACUCUGGGUUACGAAUGUACUACGAUAUCGGGGGACUGCUGCCCUACAGUCUACAUGCCUUCCGUAUUGUCGCCUGUACACGCAAGGGGUGCAGUUCCAGCGUUCAGGUUAAGGCUCGUACAAUGGAGUCACAGCCGGAGGGGUUUGUUACCAUGGAGAUGGAAGUGGAUGACGCCCGCACCAUCAGCGUCAAGUGGACGCUGCCCGAGAAACCCAAUGGAAACAUGUUCUUUGAUAUAUAUGUGGAGGGGAUGUUCUACAAUGAUAUAGAGGUGUGGGACUACAGUACAGAGUUUGACCGUCAGAGCAUGCACCGCUCCCAGACCUACAAUGAGUGGAUGGUGGUGGGGCCUCUCAUUCCAAUGUCCACCUACACAGUACAGGUGAACGCCUCAAACACCGUCGGAUACAUACUCUCAAACACACUCUCUGCUGAUAUGCCUCCUGGCUCCCCAGAUGGAGUGAAGCCCCCAGACCUGCUUUCACAGACACCGACAACCAUCACAGCAACAUGGGUUCCUGUUGGGAGGGAAAACUCGAUGGAUGCUGCUCUCUACAUUCUGCAGUUCCGGGAGAAAACGGAGGGUGCCAUCAUUGAGGAUAUAUUUGGACCGACCACAUCAUUUACCUAUACGAAGGAAAAUCUGGUAGCCUAUAAGGAGUAUGACUUUAGACUGGUUACAGAAAACUCUAAUGGUAUGACACAAUCAGACUGGGUAACUGCUACAACCAGACAAGAUCGUCCAGCUGGUUUUCGAGCCCCAACUGUGGUGGGUACGGGUCCCCGGUACAUUGACAUUGUGUGGACACUGCCAAUCACACCAAACGGCAUCCUCACUGAGUACCAGGUCUACCAGAAUGGACAAUUCUGGGAAACUACACCCAGCAAUACAACCCUACUGCGUGCUGACAAACUGAUGCCAUACACCUACUACACAUUCGUUGUGGAGGUCUGCACAGAGGGCGGAUGUACUCGCAGUUCCCCCUCCACUGCAACUAGGACCCUCCAGGACUAUCCAGAGAAGGUGCCAGCCCCUUUAGCUGUAUCUAACACACCAGCCUCCAUUGAUAUACACUGGCAGCCGCCGGAACUUCCAAAUGGAGUAAUCUCCCUGUACACCCUAGAGAAACGCCUGGCGGGCAAGGUCGACAUAACAACCAUUGUCUCAGUGGCGGCAGACUCUGAACUUAGAUUUGUGGAUCAGGACAGGUCCAUAUCUCCUUUUGAAGAGUAUGAGUACAGGAUCAUUGUGAGCAAUGGGGCAGGGGAGGGAACUAGUCCGUGGACUUCAGUCACCACCAUGUCAUCAAGACCUGCAGGUAUUAUGCCACCAACAAUUAAGAUUCUGGGCCCAACUGUUAUGAAUGUGAGCUGGCAGCCGCCUCUACAGCCCAAUGGGAUUAUUGAGUUUUACACAAUCCGGCUGCCAGAGCCGAGUCGAGAGAUCCGCAAUCUCACUGCCCUGUCGGUGAUAUUUAACGACCUGAUUGCCUAUACGGAGUACUCUGUCACUGUUACUGCUUGCACAAGUGGUGGAUGUACCCAGAGCUACCCAGUAAAUGUUCGUACCCACGCCACGGUGCCAGAGGGUCAGGACCCACCAGAGGCCACGCCCGUCUCCCAGUCCAUGAUUUCCCUUGUUUGGCACUGGCCAAGUAAACCCAAUGGCCCUAAUAUAAAGUUUGAGCUGUCCAGGAAACUUCUCAGGCAGCCAUUGGAUCCCAAUGUGAACACUGACAACACGGUAUGGGAGAGGAUCUACGCUGGUACGGAGCUGUUCUACAAUGAUCGAGGGCUUCCCAUGUUUGCCAUGUACAGGUAUCGGGUGACCGUCUACAACGACAUCGGCCUGCUGACCAGUGAUCCCACACCUGAGGUCAUGACAUUUGGAGGAUUCCCACGACGCGCUGCUACGGUUACAGCUACAGCCAUCAGUCACCAGAUUGUCUCUGUAUCCUGGGUCACACCAAGUGAGGUGGACUUGCAGGGUGCGGUGACCCAGUACAAAGUGGUACUGCAUAGUCCCUCAAGCAACCACACCCAGACCCUCGGCCCUGCGCUGGACAUGACAACCUUUCCCGAUCUGACCCCGAACACCCAGUAUACAGCUCUUGUCACAAUCACCAUCAAUGGUGGGGCCUACAUCACCAGUGACCCUGUAUAUGUAACCACACUGGAUGGGGCGCCAGAAGGCAUAGAUACACCAACCUUGAGUAUUGUGAGUGAGUCAGCCAUCCGUGUCUCUUGGAUGGCCCCUAAAACCCCUAAUGGGGCCAUAACGGGCUACAACAUUUUCAACAAUGGAGAAAAAAUCGAGACGGGGCUUAAAAUGCCGGGCUCAUAUGUCCUCACAGGGCUCAGACCCUACAUGGUGUAUGAGAUCCGGUUGGAGGUGUGUACAGUUUUUGACUGUGUGAAAUCAGCACGGGUGUUAGGCUCCACACUCGAGGCUCUGCCCCAAUCAAUGGCAGCCCCGCGAGUGCUGCCCCUGGACCCACACCAGAUCACUGUCAUGUGGCAGGCCCCCAUCCAGCCUAACGGGAUCAUAUUGCGCUAUGAUCUGUGGAGGAGAACCAUCAAACAGUGCUCAGAAAUCCCAGUGACGACCAUUAGCCCUGAGCUGACCAAGUGUACGUACGUCCAGUGUGGCAUCCUUCAAAACCUGUGUGGAUCCACCUGCUACUCAGGGGCUAAGGUGUGUUGUGAUGGAGUGUUACAUGAGGCCAGGUCAGGGUACCAGUGUUGUGGCAGGGAGUACGCCAGUAUGGCCUCACCCAAUGACAUCUGCUGUGGUGGUGUCUUCUUUACAUACAGGCAGGACCAUGCCUGCUGUAAUGGAAGGUAUGACCUUGUGAGGUUGGGGGAGAUUUGUUGCCCUGACAACACAGAGGACAGGGUUGCCAUAGGAACAGGAGAUGCCUGCUGUGGAACUGUUCCAUACUUAAUGAAUGGCUCCCAAGUCUGCUGUAAUGGAAAAUUAUACGAGAGCCAUGGUGGGCAGUGUUGUGGAGGUUCCAUGGUUACCAAGGAAAUGGUGUGUUGUGGGGGUCCCAUGGAGGGGCAGGCAUAUACGCCACAUGAAGGGAUGUUCUGUUGUGGGCAGGCAUAUAUACCAGAGGAUUCCAGUCUCUGCUGCACCAGUGACACAGGACAUAUUAAGGUACAUAGGUAUUCCAGCCCAGCGGACAUGAUCUCUGCCAAUGAGAAGUGUUGUGGCCUAGAAUUGAUCUCUAAAGGCCUAAGCUGCUGUAACUUUGUUGGCUAUAACCCUGUCUUCCAGUUCUGUGCCGACAUCUCCAGCCAGAACUCCGGGUGUGGUUCAGGCACUGUUUGUUCACGGACAAUGAAGGAUACUGCAUUCUGUGACAUGUGUGACUUUGACCCCUACACCUACAUGUGUGGUUCCAUCACAGGUUACCAUAGCAACAUUCCUACCCCAGCACCACGGGUACCCAGCGAUGACUGUGUUGUCAGUGUGGAGAAGAUUUACACUGGGAUGAACACUGACUUCCUUGAUGAUGGACUGAAGCCCUUCUCCUUGUAUGAGUAUGCGGUUUCCGUGGUGAACAGUGCAGGCACCACCCAGACUGACUACACCCGCAUCAAAAGCCUGCAGGCCCCACCAGAGGGUCUCCCAACCCCUAAUGCCACCCUGGACCCUAGACAACUGUACAUGAUAUUCCUCACCUGGAGGCCUCCACUACAGCCUAAUGGAGAGAUACUGCGGUUUAUCCUGGUACGUGAUGGGAUAGAGCUGUAUCGGGGCCUGGACCUGGCGUACACAGAUGACACAACCAUUCUACCAUACCGCUCAUAUACAUACAUCCUCACAGCGUGCACCAUCGCUGGCUGUGUGGACAGCCCCUCAAUCACCGUGGCAACAGCCCAGGCGGCCCCUGAGGGUGUCCAACCUCCCCGCCUCCAGGUGGUCAACUCGACAGCCCUACGUGUAGUCUGGUCCCCGCCCGACAUCUCCAACGGCAUCAUACAUAUGUACAUGGUGCACUUUAUGGGGGAGAAUUUGGACAUGGUGUACAACACCUCUGAGCUCAACAUUAUCAUAAAUGACCUGCUGCCACACAGACAGUACAAUGUGUCAGUGACGGCCUGUACCGAGGUGGCCUGUACCAACAGCAGUAUGGUCACCAUCCUCAUGCCUGAAGCCGCUCCUCAAGGUGUUUUUGCCCCAAAGGUGAUAGUGCGUAGUGCUACUUCAGUUGACAUUUACUGGACUCCCCCAACACAGCCCAAUGGCAUUGUGACAUUUUACGCUCUUGUCAGAGUAGAAAGUAAGAACGAGAUACGGGUUUUCCUGGGGGAGGAUUUCCAUGCCACAGAUUAUAGUCUGGUUCCAGGCAAGACAUAUAUGUACUUUAUCACUGUGGGCACUCAAGCAGGGAACCGCAGUAGUGAAACAACCUCAGUAACCAUGCCUGACAACACACCCACAGGUAUUCCACUGCCAGAAAAUGUGACAGUGAUGAGUGCCACAGAGAUAUUUGCGGAAUGGAGGGGGAUACCACCUGAGAAUGGAAUCAUUGACCAGUAUCGUGUUCUGCUAAAUGCAGGGCGGGACACUGCAGUAGAUAGAGGUGUGGGGUUAGAAACCUCAGUGAUGAUAACUGGGCUGAUGCCAUUCACAGAAUAUAAUGUCAGGGUCCAGGCCUGUCUGAUGGGCGUACCCAAUGGGUGUGGCACUGGACCAGGGGUGACUGUGAAGACAUUUGAGGCCGCCCCUGCCAACAUGCCCGCCCCCAUGGUGGAAUCAACCGCCCCGGAUGUUGUUAAUGUAUACUGGGAUACACCUCUACAUCCCAACGGGGUAAUCAGACAGUAUCUGGUAUACUACAGGCUGGCUGGGACGAAUGUAGAACUGCUGAUCAACAGGGUUGGCCACACUGAGGACAAAACAUACCAUAUAAGGCAUGCAGGAUCAGACCUGUCUCCAUACACUCAGUACGAAUACAAGAUUGUAGCAGGAAACUCACAGGGAGAUGUCUCCAGCCCCUGGACACUGGUUCGCACCAAAGCUGCCCCACCCAAGGGCUUAACCCUUCCCCUUAUAACUGUCACUGGAGCCUACUCUGUACAGUUAAGAUGGGUGCCUCCUACACAGCAAAAUGGGGAGAUCAGUAUGUACAAAAUCAUGUACAAGAAAGUAGUGAAUGACCCUACAAUCCCUGACAGCAUUCAGACUAUUACUGUUCCUGGAGUUACAAUUCAUACAUCUAUUAGUGGAUUGCAACCUUUCUCUGAAUACAAGCUUAUGCUCCAAGCUUUCAACUCAGCAGGUAACAUUUCGAGCACAUGGACAACAUUUAAAACUGGUGAGUCUUCACCGGCAGGGCUGGGUUCUUUUGACAUCGAGAGAAUGGAGAAUGGCCUAGCUGUGAUAUUAAGGUGGGGGCCUCCUGUGCAGCCUAAUGGAAUCAUCACAACAUACAGAAUAUAUGUACAGGAAUCAUCAGUAGCAGUUUUCCAGGGGCUGAACAGGGAGUUUGAGUUACGCAGAUUGGAGCCCUUCCAUGAGUACUCUGUACAACUAGAGGCCUGCACCACAGCUGGCUGCACAUACAAUUUUGUCCAGAAGUUCUACACUGCAGAGACUGCACCAGAGAGCCAGCCAUCCCCAAUGAUGGGAGAGGUCACCGCUACAUCAGCAGUCAUCACCUGGACCAGACCUGCCAGGGCUAAUGGUAGAAUCACUGUGUUUGAGGUGUACCGGAAAGCCAACGCUCGCAUACAGAAGAGGGCUAUAUCUGACCCAGUGGUUGUGCACCGGGAGUUCAACACUGAUGCUGACACAUUCACCUACACUGAUACAAACUUUCAGCCAUUCACUGAGUACCAGUACAGUAUCAAGGCUGUGAACUCUCAAGGCUUUACAAUCAGCCCCUGGCAGUCACUGUUUACAGACCAGGCUCCACCAGGGGGCGUCCUACCUCCCCAGGUAACGCCGGUACCCAACAUAAUUGACUCUGUGGUGGUCACAUGGGCAACACCAGACAGGCCUAAUGGAAUCAUCCAGAGUUAUAGCCUACAGAGGAACAAGUCAACUCCUUGGAGCUUCACCGCCCUAGAGGAAAAGACUUUCACAGACACUGGGCUAUAUGCAUUUACCUUUUACAGUUACACCAUAACUGCAUGCUCAGGCGGUGGUUGCACAAACAGUCUCCCAACAGUUAUUCGGACUAAAGAGUCUGCCCCACUCAAGGUCCUGUCACCAACAUUGUUUGCUGAAAACUCCACUUCAAUAAGAGCCAGCUGGCAGAGACCUCAGAUUCUAACAGGGGAGAUAAGUGCCUACCAAUUGUACAAAGACGGAUUGGUGGUAUAUGAGGGUAUGGACCUGCAGUACACUGUGACAGGGCUUGUUCCGUUCAGGGACUACACAUUCAAGUUGACGGCCUGUACGACUGGCGGCUGUACAGACAGUGGGGAGGUAACUGGGAGUCCGCAGGAUGAUGUUCCCCAGGGAAUGGCCCCACCCAUCCUCAAUGUGAUGAGCUCCAGUGCUAUAGAGGUCACCUGGAAGGAACCAGACUUCCCCAAUGGGGAGAUAACCUCGUAUGAUGUGAGGAGAAACGAUCGUCUGGUGUACACAGAGAGUGUCAGCAUUUCAGGAACCCUAAGGACAACCUACACAGACUACAACCUUAAUCCUGGGAUGGAGUAUGCAUAUGUGGUGGUUGCCCGGAACAGGAAGGGGUCUGUGGAGAGUUUGGUGUCCCUUGCCCGCACCUGGGCUUCUUCUCCCAGUGGGUUGGACCCGCCCAGCCUUUCUGCAGUGUCUGCCACCUCAAUGCAGGUCAGCUGGGAGGUCCCUGCAAACCCUAAUGGCGUCAUCAAGAACUACACCAUCUUCAGGGAUGGACAGAUGGUCUACUCCGGAGGCCCCACUCAGCUUAACUACAUAGUACCUGGUCUGCAAUUCUGGACAGAGUACACAUUCCGAGUGCAGGCAUGUACAGACAGGGGCUGUUCUCUCAGUAUAGGGGCCACAGGGAGGACACUCCCCUCAAGACCCGAGGAACAGGCACCACCCUCUCUCUUGCCACUGGCCAAUCAGAAUGGAGCUCACUCUGGUGUGCUGGUGGAGUGGGACCAGCCUCUCAAGCCAAAUGGGCUUAUCGGCAGAUUUGAAUUGUACAGGAGAGAGGUCAUCAAUAUGCCUUCAGGAAUAUCUUAUGCAAACAUGAGGAUGGUAUACAACGGCAGCAGUCGUUCAUUUACUGACCGGAGCUCAGACUUGCUCCCCUUCACCUUAUAUGAGUACUCAGUGAUGGGUGUAAAUGGAGUGGGGAAAGUCUCAAGUCUGUGGUCCCAGGUGACCACCAAGGAGGCCCCACCCGACACUGUCCCAGCACCGUUGAUAUUGGAGACAAAGCCCAGCUCUGUGAAGGUGCAGAUAACUCCUCCCACAAUUCCGAACGGAGUUGUCAGAUACUACAAUGUGCUUGCAAAUGACACUUUGUCGAGCACUGGAACCUCGCUAGAGCAGACAGUGGGCAUUACAGUGCCCCUGCUACCAUACAAGAACUACGCUAUCACUGUACAGGCGUGCACAGCAGGUGGCUGUACAACCAGUCCACGUGUAAUGGUACAGACUGGUUCCUCCCGACCCUCAGGACAGGAACCUGUCAAGAUGCUGGGGGUGAACAUGACAGUAGUGAGACUUGGCUGGCAGCAUCCUAUCAGUCCAAAUGGAGUCAUUAGAAGGUUCUCCCUGCAUCAGAGGCGUGCAUGUCCCCCGACUCCCCAGCCCUUCCAGCAACCCUGUAACCCUGGAGACCCAACGUCUGUGUAUGAGGGCAUGUACAUAGAAAAGGUUGUACCUGGCCUCACUCCGUAUACAGCGUAUGAGUUCCAGAUACAGUCGGUUAACGAUGCGGGGGCAAGUGACUUCCCCGUUUGGAUCAGAGUGGAAACAACAACUGAUGCUCCUGUGUAUGUGAAGUACCCGUUGUUGGCAAAGAAUGGUUCACUAGCUGUGGUAGACUGGUCAUCAUCUUUUGUGCUUAACUCUCGCCUCCAGGAGUACUCUAUCAUCAUGCAAGACAAGAUUGUCUAUACAGGGAUCACCAGCAAACAUUCUAUAGAUAGAGUCAACCCCUUAGAGAAGCUUCUGUUUACAAUCAAGGUUUUAACAGACACAGGGGAGGCUGAGUCACCUGUGAUAGUGUUUGACCCUACAGCCUCUGGCAAUGUGGGGACAACUCCUGCCCUUGUUGGUACCACAGAGAUGGUCACCCAGGAGGAGCAGUUUUUUGAAGAGGUGUGGUUUAUCGCUCUUAUGGCAGUCCUGGGCGUGCUCUUCCUCCUAGUGCUGCUUGGCUGCUGUAUCCGGCAUUGCGGGUCCUCCAAUACCUACAUCAGGGAGCGACUCCCCCUGCAGAUGCGCCAACAAAAGCAGCCAUUCACCUUCAUGAUUGACCCCAACACUGGCAGUCUCGUGGCUCUGGAGGAGAGCCCAGAUGGACGUCAUGACAAGUCAGGUUACUACUCGGGCUCAAUUACCAAUGGGAUGACUAACCCAGCCUAUACACACCCACACAAACACAAGGGGCAGGGCAGCUUUGGGCACUCAUCAGACUCACUGUUUGAUGAUGAUAUCGAGGAAGAUGAUGACGAUUACAUCUGGGAUAAAAAUCCUGACAGUGGCCUUGUCAGCAAUUAUGACAGUGAGAGCCUGGAGACUCCCAGUUACAGUGUCAGCAAGGAACAUACAGUGUUCACAGACACACCCUUGUGAUGACAAGCCACACUAGCCUCAUUUUAAGUUAUGCAAUGCAAGGACUUGUAUGUGUGUGGAUUGCAUUAUACGUGCGCAGAAGACGUUCCCACUGAAUCUAAUAAGACUGGCAAGGAUCUCAUAUAUUGUAUCUUAUUGAAAGAAACAACUUUUAUGUGUUCAUGAACUCUUUCUUUUAUUAAUGUGUGUUUGGUAGUGUGCUUGCUUUUCUGGACAUCUCAGUGAUACUGUGGGUUGGGUUGUAACAUACAGAUGCAGCGUUUCACAUCGUUUUUUCCAAAGAUUUUAGCUGUGUUCAUAUAAUAGGCAAAAAAAGUCCUGCGACAUAAUAUAUUUUUUUAUAGUUUUAUAAGCAAGGAGAUUUAAGCCAGUUAGUCUACUUCCAUAAUCAAAAGGCUUUAUUGCAAUUACAUAAUGUUCUAGAACUCUUAAACACAUACAGGAAGGCAUAAAGUCACAAAAUUGCCCGCUAUUUGUUAAUGUUAAAACAAACUUCAACUUAAAGUUUACGGUAAUGGAACUUAUGACGACAAAAAGGUCACCUUAAUAAUUUAAAAAGAACAAUAACAGUAGGUUGAAAUAUAAUAAAAUCUUGAAUUUGGCUUUCAUGUUCUUUAUAUAUGGAAAUAACGUAAAUGUAGUAAUGACCUUUUGAAUAGUAUUUCACUUGCAUAUAAGAAUAGGUAAGAGUUUGUAAGAAGAAGCAUAACACUUAAUACUUAAACAAUAGAAAUAUUGAUAAACAAACAUGUUGUCGCAGGAAUUUCUUUGCCGAGUAUUUGUACUACCACUC